UUGAUCAUACUUGUGCUUCUUCGUGCACGGCUCACAUGGGCAUGGAGAAUGGGCAGAGAAGGCUCACGGAAAUAUGAACUUGGCGUGUCUGUUUCAGAGGGUGCUUCUCGUGGCAUCUGUCAGGCAGAUCAUAUGCCACACGCUGCCUUUCUCGACACCGGAGGAGCAGGUGGAAGGAAUUAAGAUAGGCACUCUGAGUGGAGUUUACUCCCCUCCAUACCAGCUGCUUGGUAGAGGUUAUUUGAGAGUGAACGAAGAAACAGGGGACUUGUACACCACAGAGCAGAAAAUCGACCGGGAGAGGCUGUGUCCAUCACAGGAGGAAAGGGACUGUACGAUUUCAGAUGAUGCCCUCGUAGGCCCUGAUCAGGAGAUGGUGAAGGUAAUCGUUGUCGUGGAGGACAUUAACGACAACGCUCCUUAUUUUGAAACUGAUGAAAUUUACUUAAGAAUUCCGGAGGAUGCGGCUGUCGGGACGAAGGUCCUAUUAGACAAUAAAGCUUGGGACGAGGACACAGGCAGCAAUGGAGAGAUAAGCUACCAUUUAGAAGGAGCUGGGAGCUUCUUCAGCAUGGCCCAGGACGGGUCUGCCCUUGAGCUUGUUGUGGAAAAAGAGCUGGACCGAGAGGCUCAGGAUGAGCACCGGAUGGUUCUUGUUGCCACGGAUGGUGGCUCUGUGCCUCUGAGUGCUACGGCAUCUCUUGUCAUUACGGUGCUGGACAUUAAUGAUCAUUGCCCAGAGUUCAGCCCUGAUAGUCCUCACACAGCUGUGGUGUCAAGAGUAGCAGCUCAGGGCACAACUGUAAAGCAGGUUAAGGCCACGGAUCGUGAUCUGGGGCACAACGCUCAAAUCACCUACUCCUUCAGCCCUCAAAUUUCAGAGCGGGCCAAGGCCCUCUUCCGCCUGGACAGAGUCACAGGCAGGAUCAGCUUAGCUGUGGAUGUGAGGUUAGACACGCUGGAGGAACACGUGUUGAAAAUCAUUGCAAAUAGCCCACAUUGCCCGCCUGUGUUAACACAGGUAACUGUAUACAUGCAGCCGAUGGUGAGCCUGGAGCCGGCCAUCGAGAUCAAGUUCAUGGCAGAGUAUAAAAACCAAACAAUAGUGUUACGAGAGAACGAGCCCCCCACUGUUUUGGCUCUUUUGGAGCUGAGAGACACCUCAAGCGUUCAAGCAGUUCUGUCUUUAGAGGCAGACAGCAUGCCAUUCACUUUGAAAGAGCAAGCAGGCAACUAUCUGCUUUCAACAUCAAAGCCACUAGACUUUGAGCUGUGCAGUGACUAUCGUGUUACUGUUGUUAUAAGCGAAGCCCAAGGCGAAGGCGUGCAUGGAAGGAAAGUGAUCAAAGUGGCGGUUGAAGAUGUGAAUGAUAAUGCCCCACAGUUCGAGCAGCCUCACUAUCAAGCGGAGAUAGAAGAGAACAAUAAACCUGGCGUGUCUUUAAUACAAGUCAGGGCAACUGAUGCAGACAGCCAGCUCUUCGGAAAAGUGUCAUACCGGCUGAUCCACACUCCUCCUGUCUUCAGUAUGGAUGAAGCAACAGGUGUGCUGUCUGUAUCGGAGUCUUUGGACAGAGAACAACAGGGCACGUAUGUCCUCACAGUGCUGGCCAGAGAUCAGGGCUCCCCUUCUUUGGAGUCCUUGGUGUCUGUGUCUGUAAAUGUGCUGGACCAGAAUGACAACCAGCCCGCUUUUCUCAAUCAACACUUCAUCUUCUUCAUCUCUGAGAGCAUUCCAAGGCUAGCUCAGGUAGGGAAGAUUGGAGUGAGGGAUGCAGAUGAAGGAGACAAUGGGAAAGUCGUAGAUGUGUGGGUGCUGGACAAGCACGUUCCCUUCGCUGUGGACCUGUCCCAGUUGAUGCUACGGUGCACUGCUGAAGUGGACCGGGAGAAGAGGGACCGCUAUGAUCUACUCUUGCAGGCUGUGGACGGUGGCAGCCCUCCACGCUCCUCCACUGCUUCGGUGACCAUUUUUGUGGAGGACAUCAAUGACAACCAACCUCAGGUGAUCCUGCCUAGCAGCAACCUCUCUUGCCUGACCGUAUCCCCCAGUACCAGGACGGGCAGUAUUGUCACCAAGAUCUACGCUGUUGACCGUGACUCAGGCAUGAACUCGGACAUCACCUACCAGAUCACAGCCAGGCAGCCGGCCUGGCCAAGCCCAUUCCAGAUCGACUCUCAUUCUGGGAACAUCACGCUUGCAAAUCGGCUAGCAGGGGGAGACUACGGCAUGCACCACCUCUUCAUUGUAGUGAGGGAUGGGGGGAAGCCAGAGCCCCUGCAGGCCACAGUGUGGGUCAAUCUGCUGAUCAAUGAGACACUGGAACAGUGCUACCUUACCAGCGUUCCUCCGUAUCCAUCCCAAACCACAGAACCCCCUGUGUUUUCGCAGCUGGAACCCCUCAGCAAGCCAGCACAGUCUUGUACCGAACCACCUUGGCUCGUACUGCUCUGUGGUCUGGGUAUGAUGGUGUUCUCGGCUUGCAUGCUUCUCGCUGCCACUGUGAUUUUUGUGAGACAUAAAAACUUGACACGAAAACAAACAAGCAAGAGAGAGCACCUUGAAAUGAAGCUCUUAAAAUAAAGGGAAAUUACUCCACACAAACUCUUUGUAAAGCUAUGCUACAAAUAGGACUGAUCUGCAAUCUUCAAUGUACAAAUAUAAUGUGGGUUUUUGUUUCCUGUGUUAAUGAAUGUAUGAAUCUAUGUAAAUCUAUGAAUCUAUGAAUCUAUGUAAAAACUAACCUGGGCUGUUUCCCAAAAGCAUUGUAGCACAAUAGGGUGAGCAAUAUGUCAGGCAUAUCAGGCUGAAGAAAUUUUCUCCAUGUUCCAAUACAUGUUGUGAUUUAGUUUACAGACAAGAUGGAAUUGACGAAAUGCAUCAGCAAAACUGCUGUGCCGCAUUUAAAAACUCCAAAUCUACGAGUAAAAAUAGCUUUUUGCCAAAAUAAAUAAUCAAAGAAAGAACGGCGGUAAAAAUAAUCAAACCAAGUCAGAAAAAGUUCUACUGGCUUGUUACUAUGCACUUGUGGUUUUACAGUCUUUACGGUUAAAUCUAUUCUUUUAAUGAUAUGUUCAUUAUAGUGUUUCAGAAGUGCUGACGACACCCAAGAUAUAUAGUGAUCUCAGCAAAAAGUGGGACACCUUUUGGUCAAGGCACCAGGGGUUCCUCAUAAAACCAUACACAACCUCUUCAGUGAUGUUUUAAUGCAGCAAGCUUCCUGAAUUUAAAUGUGUUAAAAGUCUACUGAAUAUAAGCUUGAUUUUAUACACCCUAAAAACACAAGCGCCGUUUCUUUCUUCUUUUUUAGACAACGUGGGACAUGUUUGCGAAGGGCAUUUCUAGCAGUACAGCAAAAUCCUGUCUAAAGAAGUCACGUUUGGCUGAACGAGUGAUAAUAAUUAACUCAAUGUGGCUGAAGUCUUUUUAAAAAGCAAGCACUCAUGAAGGAUGGGCUCCAGUAUGUUUCAUACUCUGGCAAGGAGCCACAGCUGAGGCCUCCUUCCUAACUCAGUAUGAUAAUAAUAAUAAUAAUAAUUACAGAUAAUAAUAAUAAUAAGUUACAUUUUUAUAGCGCCUUUCAUAAACUCAAGGUCGCUUAAAGUAUGCUCUCAAUAUUCUUCUAUUCUCCUUUUCUGUCUACUCUCCAUUCAUUCUUUUCUCUCUUCACUAACUUGCAACUGUAUGUCUUUUCUGCCUCUGUCUUCUCUACGUCUCUCUGACUGGCCUGGUUCAGGUGCCCUUUUGCUAAAAGUGCUAAAAUGUUUGUAUUAGGUCUCUUUGUACCCACAGCUUAUUGAAACAGAGCCUGUAGGCCUGAAAAGAAUAAUCUACACUUAAAGGUCAAGGCCUGCCGGCUUCUUUAAGCCACACUACACAGAGCUGUUAAUACAGUAAGGUAGUACACUAGUAGCCUAAUGUUGGUAACAUUAUUGAUGGUACAUCAAUAAUUAGGCCUGUUAUAAAAUUCUCUGCCUCAGAUACGUUGAUAACUGUUAUAUGUGAUAGUAGAGUAGUUUGAGCAUAAUUACUUUUAGACGUUAAUCCUAUAAGUGAAAUGCUUCAAGCUAAAAUAUCUCAUUUUAAAUGUUGGUCAUUUUGAUAAGAAACUUAUUGUAUCUACCAGUAUUGGCAGAUAAUUAGCAUUUCUAUAACGGCAUUGGACAAUAACGUGAUAUUGAAUGAUCAUAACACACCAAAAUGGCUAUAAAGGUGUCCCACUUUUCCUACAGUGUUCAGCAACAAUGAGACUGCACUUAAUUAUGUCUCUAAUUAUUUGUCAAAUAGCUGUACAGUUGUAUGCAAAGGCUUGAACACCCUGCCAAAUGACGUUUUGAUUUUCUAUGUGAAAAUAACACGUCCUCUACAGGAAAAAACCUUAAGUAUGGUCUGUUCUGCACAUUUUGGUGCAUAAUUUUGGAUUAUUUGCUGAGUUUAUUGAAAAAAAAACAUAAAUUAUAAAAUGUGUCAUCAAUUUAAAGGCAAAGGCUACAUUUUAUGAUUUACUGUCUUUUCCAAUAUGCUAUUUUCAGCUAAAAUAAAACAGUAAUUGUCCAUUACAACGUGCACAAGUGUAUGUCCCCUGCAUAGAUCUGUGCAUAUUUUCACUUAGAUAUGAAACAUGUAGAUAAAACCUGUAGUUUAGGCAGGGGCACCCAAACCUUUACACACAACUGUACAUGUAUAUAUGGCUGUUGUUGGAACGGAACCCCAUAUCUCCAUUAUAACGUUUUUCAGUUUUUGACACAAUUUGAAAACAUCUGUUGUUUAUAAUAUCACGUGUAAAUUUCAUGAUGAAUGGACUAAAAGAAAAGGCCCAAAAUGACUUGGAAAGACGUCUGGUUCCAUUGACUUACAUUAAAAGUAAAGUAGGUUUUUUCCUUCUCCUGUAAAGUUACCGUUUUGGAGAUACAAGGUUUUCUUCCCACAGCAGGGAUAUGUAUAAAUAGGUCUGGAAUAACAACUGAGCAAUUAAUAUAUCUUUUAACAACAUCCUUGUAUAGAAGUAUAAAUAAAUUCUGAUUUAUUGGCCUUUUAA